AAACUGUAGGGAAGGAUCUCACAGUGAGGUGCGAGGGCCCCCAGGGGACGCACCAGACUUUCCUGAUGUCCUGCAGGGACGUCAUGACACAUCAGGACGGGUUCCACCGUAUUUCACAUUCAGGAACAUUUUAAAUGUCCCUGUUACAACCAGAGCUGCAAAUAACAGGAAACAGCAAGACGCUGUUGUAGGGCAGCUGCUUCUAACGCUACAUUGUAAAAAAUUAACACCUGCUGUUUGUUUCCAUGGAAACCACCUGAGCUGUUUGAUGUUUAACAGGUAAUAAGGAAGUGACCUUUGAUCUCAGCACAGACUCAGUUCCCAGAGGGUUGGAGGGGAAGCAAAGCGAUUUGUUGGAGAACGUCUCUGUUGCUGUGGAUCUGUUGUCAGAAAAACAACAGAAAACAAGAAAAAGCGACAAAAAGGUGUCGACCUGCUGCUGGUCAGGAUGAAGCUGGACGUGAAAAUCGAGAUGCUGAAGUUCAGCUUCACAGUCUUAAACUCCAUCUUCCUGGUUCUGGGUCUGAGCGUUAUGGGCUGUGGAAUCUGGAUCCUCUUCGACACCGGAAGCUUCCUGAAUGUCCUCUCCUCUGAGGAGCUGCAGGUGGUGGCAGUGGGCCUGUUUAUAAUCGGUGGAGUGGUGGCACUGGUCAGCCUGACUGGGUGUACUGGAGCAGCCCUGGAGAAACGGUUCCUGCUGCUGGUGUACUUUGGCUUCCUCAUCGCGCUGGUCCUGGGUCAGCUGUACGUCACCGUCCUGCUGCUCCUGAACAGAGACACGAUCAAUAGUAGUCUGACUCAAACCGUGAAUAACAUCAUAAGUCGGUACGGAAAUAGCAGCCGCAGGUCUGACAUAAUCAUGGAUAACAUCCAGCAUUAUACCAACUGCUGCGGAAUAAAUGGACCGGACGACUGGCUCAAGAACUCCUUCAUUCAAACUCUGAACCUGACGAGUCUGAACGUGCUGCCGUGUUCCUGUUUUCUGUCCUUUCAGCCUAGCAUAAACUCGUCCUGGUGCUUGGAAACCAAUAACACCAAUGAACCGGUGUCUGGAACAGGAAAUGGGAUUUUUAAUGAGGGCUGCGGUCAGAAGAUCAACCAAUGGCUGCAGGAGAACUUCAUAACCAUCGUUGCCAUGGCUGCAUUCCUCAUUUUAAUACAGAUCUUUGACCUUUUCAUCGCUGGGUCUCUGUUCCGCAUGUUUGGACAAAAAGACGCUUUAAAGAAAAACAAGCGGCUCGUUGGUGAAGAUGACGCCGACUCAGACUCAGACUCCGAGCCCGACCCGGACGGCGGAGAGCAGAACUACGCCUUCAUGGACCCGGAUGAAGGUGCUCCAGAACCAAACUACAUGACAGCUGGAGACGCCAACAACAUGGCUGACCAGUACAACCAGAACCAGAACCAGGAGUAUCAGGAGCCAUUUCAUUACAACCAGAACCAGAACCAGGGGUACAUGCCAGCUGGAGAUGCCAACAACAUGAUUUAUGACCAGUACAACCACAACCAGGGCUUCCAGGACCAGAACUUCCAGGAGCCACUUCAUUUCAACCAGAACCAGGGUUACCAUGGCUACCAGGUGGCUAGUCAGCGUUAUUAAACACCGAUACAAUGUUGUAAACAUUUUCUAUUUUGAAUAAAAACUUUUUUUUCACCUCUAAAA